AUGCAACAAGGUGAUAAAUUUCCCUCAGGAAUCGAAUUCCUCUAUAUCCCCGUGUCAAAGGGCGAGGACGCCCUCGCGUGCUCACGGCCAUUGAAGCUCUCGUUUGAUAAGCUCAUUGCCGACGGAAAUCUCCUCGUAGUUUCGGUGCCGGCGGCGUUUUCGCCUCUCUGCACUGAACAGCACCUCCCUGAGAUUUUAACCAACUUUGAUAAACUCGAUGCCCUAGGAAUUAAGAACGUCGUGGUGUACUCGGUGAACGACGCAUUCACUUUGAACGCGUGGGGGAAACUUCUUGUCAACAAAUACAACGUUGAAAGAAAUGUGUACUUUGCAUCUGAUCCCAAUGGACAGUUCACGGCAUCUCACAAAUUGGGGUCUGACAAGUCCAAGUUUGGGAUGGGUUACCGGAGUGAACGGUUUGCGAUGGUGAUCUCCAAGGGCGUGGUGGCGUACUUGAAGAAGGAUGACCAGGGAAUGGAGAACAGUGGGAUUAAGGGAAUUAUCACUGCCAAGUUGUGA